AUGCGAGACAGAAUUGCUAUUGUGAAUUUAAUGUUAUAUAGCAGAGCACCACAUGUUACAUUUCCUAUGUCAUUUCCACCACAAUGCAAUAUCAACGCAUGUGGAAUUUUGUUGCAUAAAUUAAUGAUGCUGUUACCUGUGCCAACAACAUCGUCCCAUUUCAUACCAGAUUUGCCUGCUCAUCGCAAAAAACAAUUAUUAUUUUUCAAAAGACCUAAAUUACUACCUGAAGAUGAAUGUAGGUAUCCAUUCCGAACAAUAGGAGAUAGCUGUUACUUUAUCAGCAAGGAGAAAGCGACCCCAGAUCAAGCAUUUGCAUUGUGUGUACGACAUGGUGCAUAUCUUGCAAAUUUUGAGACUUUAGAAGAGGCCAUGCUGAUGAAGUAUGAACUUCAACAAAUGAAAACAGGUUUACACUUUCAUUUUGGAGGGCGGAACAUAAACAGAUAUAUCCCUCGCGGAGACUGGAGAUGGAUACAAAACGGCAAAUUGAUCAAGAUGAAAUACAAAGCGUUUGGUAACGGACAACCAGACGGAUCAAAUGCUGGCCCACAAGACUGUAUAAUGUUUUAUGCCGGAGAAAGAUAUAUCUGGCACGAUAUAUACUGUGACCAUCCUUCAUGGAGUAGUGGUUAUAUUUGUGAAAAGUGAUAAAAUAAUUUAAAAAAAAUAUGUUGAUGA